GCUGUGCCCACGAUGCCCUGAAUGCCGAGCGCAGCGGAAGCAGAGGAGGCUGUGUCCCGUUAGCUCCUCCUCCUUCCCUCAUCCCUUUAGUUUGGGUUUGUUUCUAUUUAUUUUGUGGCUGGGUUUGGGCAUGGCCUUGGCUGGAUGUGAGGCUGCUGCAAUGUGGCUUCUUUGGCUCAAGCACCACUUGUCCAUCAACGUUUGGACCUUGCUGCUCUUGGGGAGCACCUGGCUACCGCUGGCGGAAGGCAGCCCCAAAUCUCCCUUUAGGACUUUCCCGGUUACAGACUGGAGCUUGACGCAUUUGGUGGUCCACAACAAAACCGGGGAGGUCUAUGUGGGGGCUGUCAAUCGGAUCUACAAGCUCUCCAAUAACCUCACGCUCCUGCGGACUCACGUGACGGGGCCCGUGGAGGACAAUGAGAAGUGUUACCCUCCGCCCAGUGUUCAGUCCUGCCCGCACGGGCUGGUCACCACCAAUAACGUGAACAAACUGCUGCUGGUGGACUACUCGGGGAACCGGCUGAUUGCCUGCGGCAGUGCCUCCCAGGGUAUUUGCCAGUUCCUGCGGCUGGACGACCUCUUCAAGUUGGGUGAGCCCCACCACCGCAAGGAGCACUACCUCUCCAGUGUCAAUGAGUCAGGCACCAUGUCUGGGGUCAUCAUCGAGGUGCUGAACGGGCAGAACAAGCUCUUCAUUGGGACGCCCAUUGAUGGGAAGUCAGAGUACUUCCCCACCCUCUCCAGCCGCAAACUGAUGGCCAACGAGGAGAAUGCAGAGAUGUUUGGCUUUGUCUACCAGGAUGAGUUUGUAUCCUCCCAGCUCAAGAUCCCCUCGGAUACACUCUCCAAGUUCCCCACCUUUGACAUUUACUACAUCUACAGCUUCAGCAGUGAGCAGUUUGUUUACUACCUGACCCUUCAGCUGGACACCCAGCUCACCUCGCCAGACUCCACUGGGGAGCAGUUUUUCACCUCCAAGAUCGUCCGCCUCUGCGUGGAUGACCCCAAGUUCUACUCCUACGUUGAGUUCCCCAUCGGCUGUGUGCAGGAUGGCAUUGAAUACCGCCUGAUCCAGGACGCCUACCUGACCAAGCCUGGCAAGGCUUUGGCCAAGUACCUGGGCAUCUCGGAGCGGGAGGAUAUCCUCUUCACCAUCUUCUCCCAGGGCCAGAAAAACAGGGUUAAGCCUCCCAAGGAGUCUGUGCUCUGCCUCUUCACGUUGAAGAAGAUCAAGGAUAAGAUCAAGGAGCGUAUCCAGUCAUGCUACCGAGGGGAAGGGAAACUGUCGCUGCCCUGGCUCUUGAAUAAGGAACUGGGCUGCAUCAACUCGCCGCUGCAGAUCGACGACAAUUUCUGCGGCCAGGAUUUUAACCAGCCGCUGGGUGGGACCGUCACCAUCGAGGGCACCCCGCUCUUUGUGGAUAAGGAGGAUGGGAUGACCUCAGUGGCUGCCUACGACUACAGAGGACAAACCGUUGUCUUUGCAGGCACACGAAGCGGGAAGAUCAAAAAGAUCCUGGUGGACUUGCCGGCCGAGAGGAAGCACCAAGUGCUGCAGUACGAGAAUGUCGUGGCCCAUGAGGGCAGCUCCAUCCUGCGAGACCUGGUGCUGAGUCCUGACCGCCAGCACAUCUACGCCAUGACCGAGAAACAGGUGACACGGGUGCCGGUGGAGAGCUGCGAGCAGUACGAGAGCUGUGAGCUGUGCCUGGGCUCCCGGGACCCCCACUGCGGCUGGUGCGUCCUCCACAACAUAUGCUCGCGCAAGGACCGGUGCGAGCGGGCGGACGAGCCCCAGCGCUUCGCCUCCGACCUGCGGCAGUGCGUCCAGCUCACUGUCCAGCCGAAGAACAUCUCGGUCACCAUGUCGGAGGUCCCGCUGGUCCUGCAGGCCUGGAACGUCCCAGACCUCUCAGCAGGAGUCAACUGCUCCUUCGAAGACUUCACUGAGUCCGAGAGCCGCAUUGAAGACGGGAAGAUCUACUGCAGCUCUCCCUCUGCCAAGGACGUCAUCCCCAUCACCAGGGGCCGUGGGGACAAGCGAGUGGUGAAGCUCUACCUGAAAUCUAAAGAGACGGGGAAGAAGUUUGCCUCAGUGGAUUUUGUUUUCUACAACUGCAGCGUCCAUCAGUCCUGCCUGUCCUGCGUGAAUGGCUCCUUCCCCUGCCACUGGUGCAAGUACCGCCACAUCUGCACCCAUAACGCUGCCGACUGCUCCUUCCUGGAGGGACGCGUCAAGCUCUCUGAGGACUGCCCCCAAAUCCUGCCCUCCACCCAGAUCUACAUCCCUGUGGGCGUGGUGAAACCCAUCACCCUGACGGCCAAGAACCUGCCCCAGCCGCAGUCCGGCCAGCGCAACUACGAGUGCAUCUUCCACAUCCCCGGCAGCACCACCCGUGUCACCGCCCUGCGCUUCAACAGCACCAGCAUCCAGUGCCAGAACACCUCUUAUUUCUACGAAGGGAACGACAUCAGCGACCUGCCGGUCAACUUGUCCGUGGUCUGGAAUGGGAACUUCGUCAUCGACAACCCCCAGAACAUCCAGGCCCACCUGUACAAGUGCUCGGCCCUGCGGGAGAGCUGCGGUCUGUGCCUCAAGGCUGACCCGCGCUUCGAGUGCGGCUGGUGCGUGUCGGAGAGACGCUGCUCACUGCGGCAGCACUGCCUGGCCUACGAGAGCAGCUGGAUGCAUGCCAGCAGCGGCAACAGCCGCUGCACCGACCCCAAGAUCACCAAGCUGUCACCCGAGACCGGCCCCAGGCAAGGAGGGACCCGUCUGACCAUCACUGGAGAGAACCUGGGCCUGAAGUUUGAAGAUGUUCGCUGGGGCGUUCGAGUCGGCAAAGUGAUGUGCAUCCCCAUUGAGAGCGAGUACAUCAGCGCUGAGCAGAUCGUGUGUGAAAUUGGAGAUGCCAGCCCGAGCAAGGUCCACGAGGCACGGGUAGAAGUGUGCAUCCGCGACUGCUCGCCCAGCUACCGGGCCACGUCCCCCAAGAGCUUCACUUUUGUGACGCCCACUUUCUCCCGUGUGGUCCCAGCCCGGGGCCCUCUUUCUGGUGGCACCUGGAUCGCCAUUGAAGGCAGCCACCUCAACGCUGGCAGCAACGUCUCCGUGACCAUCGGGGGACGGCCCUGUGCUUUUUCAUGGAGAAGCGCCCGUGAGAUCCGGUGCAGGACCCCCCCUGGGCACACCCCCGGUGGCUCCCCCAUUCUCAUCAACAUCAACCGGGCAGAACUGAGCAACCCGGAGGUGAAGUACAACUACACAGAGGACCCCACCAUCCAGAAGAUCGAUCCCGAGUGGAGCAUCAACAGCGGUGGGACGCUGCUGACUGUGACUGGCACCAACUUGGCCACCAUCAAAGAGCCCAGGAUCCGGGCCAAGUAUUGCAGCUCUGAAAGGGAAAAUAACUGCACCGUCUACAACGAUACCACCAUGGUGUGCUACGCGCCCUCCAUCGACAACCCUGUGCGGAGCCCUCCGGAGGUUGGCGACCGCCCGGAUGAGAUUGGCUUCGUCAUGGAUAAUGUCCAGGCCCUGCUGAUCAUCAACACCACCAACUUUGUCUACUACCCGGACCCUGUCUUCGAGCCACUCAGCCCCACGGGAAUGCUGGAGCUGAAGCCCAGCUCUCCCCUCAUCCUCAAGGGCAGGAACCUGCUCCCGCCGGCUGCUGGUAACUCCCGCCUGAACUACACAGUGCUGAUCGGAGACACUCCCUGCACCCUGACCGUCUCCGAGACCCAGCUCCUCUGUGAGUCCCCUAACCUCACUGGCCAGCACAAAGUCACGAUUAAGGCUGGAGGGUUCGAGUUCUCCCCGGGAACGCUGCAGAUCUACUCAGACAGCCUGCUUACCCUGCCCGCCAUCAUCGGGAUCGGCGGUGGGGGCGGUCUGCUCCUCCUCAUCAUCAUCAUCGUCCUCAUCGCCUACAAGCGCAAGUCCCGAGAUGCCGACCGGACCCUGAAACGCCUCCAGCUGCAGAUGGACAACCUGGAGUCCCGGGUGGCCUUGGAGUGCAAAGAGGCCUUUGCUGAGCUGCAGACUGACAUUAACGAGCUGACCAAUGACCUGGAUGGGGCUGGCAUCCCCUUUCUGGACUAUCGCACCUACGCCAUGCGGGUUCUCUUCCCAGGGAUAGAAGACCACCCCGUGCUGAAGGAGAUGGAGGUCCAGGCGAAUGUGGAGAAGUCCUUGACCCUCUUCGGGCAGCUCCUGAACAAGAAGCACUUCUUGCUGACCUUCAUCCGCACUCUGGAGGCUCAGCGGAGCUUCUCCAUGCGGGACCGCGGCAACGUGGCCUCCCUCAUCAUGACGGCACUGCAGGGCGAGAUGGAGUAUGCCACGGGCGUGCUGAAGCAGCUCCUCUCUGACCUCAUUGAGAAGAACCUGGAGAGUAAGAACCACCCCAAACUGCUCUUGCGGAGAACGGAGUCGGUGGCAGAGAAGAUGCUGACGAAUUGGUUCACGUUUCUGCUGUACAAGUUUCUGAAGGAGUGUGCUGGGGAACCACUCUUCAUGCUCUACUGUGCCAUCAAGCAGCAGAUGGAGAAGGGACCCAUUGAUGCCAUUACAGGAGAGGCUCGCUACUCCCUCAGUGAAGACAAGCUUAUCCGGCAGCAGAUUGACUACAAAAUGUUGACCCUCAACUGUGUGAACCCUGAGAACGAGAACGCCCCGGAGAUCCCUGUCAAGGUGCUGAACUGCGACACCAUCACGCAGGUGAAAGAGAAGCUGCUGGACGCUGUCUACAAGGGGGUGCCCUAUUCCCAGCGACCCAAAGCCGGAGACAUGGACCUGGAGUGGCGGCAGGGCAGGAUGGCCCGGAUCAUACUGCAGGAUGAAGAUGUCACCACAAAGAUCGACAAUGACUGGAAGAGGCUAAACACCCUGGCCCACUACCAGGUGACAGACGGCUCCUCGGUAGCCCUGGUGCCGAAGCAGAACUCGGCGUACAACAUCUCCAACUCCUCCACCUUCACCAAGUCCCUCAGCAGAUACGAGAGCAUGCUGCGGACAGCCAGCAGCCCCGACAGCCUGCGCUCACGGACCCCCAUGAUCACCCCUGACUUGGAGAGCGGCACCAAGCUCUGGCACCUGGUAAAAAACCACGACCACAUGGACCAGCGGGAGGGCGACCGGGGCAGCAAGAUGGUCUCUGAAAUCUACCUGACCCGUCUGUUAGCCACCAAGGGCACCCUGCAGAAAUUCGUGGAUGACCUGUUUGAGACCAUCUUCAGCACAGCACAUCGUGGGAGCGCGCUGCCCCUUGCCAUCAAAUACAUGUUUGAUUUCCUGGAUGAACAAGCUGAUAAGCAUCAGAUCAAUGAUUACGAUGUCAGGCACACCUGGAAGAGUAACUGUCUACCUCUACGUUUUUGGGUGAAUGUGAUUAAGAACCCCCAGUUUGUGUUCGACAUUCACAAGAACAGUAUUACUGAUGCCUGCCUAUCCGUGGUGGCUCAGACAUUCAUGGACUCCUGCUCAACUUCUGAGCACAAGCUAGGAAAAGACUCUCCCUCCAACAAACUACUGUAUGCCAAGGACAUCCCCAACUACAAGAGCUGGGUAGAAAGAUAUUAUGCAGAUAUAGCUAAAAUGCCAGCGAUCAGUGACCAGGACAUGAGCGCAUACCUGGCGGAGCAGUCGCGGUUACACCUCAGCCAGUUCAACAGUAUGAGCGCGCUGCACGAGAUCUACUCCUACAUCACCAAGUACAAGGACGAGAUUUUAGCUGCGUUGGAGAAGGAUGAGCAGGCCCGGAGGCAGCGGCUGAGGAGUAAGCUGGAGCAGGCGAUCGACACAAUGGCCUUAAGCAGCUGAGAAGGCGGCGGCGCGGUGCCAGCAUCCCGGGCAGCGGAGGCGGCAGGAGGGAGGGCCGGCCAGCGGCAGCCACGGGCAGAAGACGACUUUGGGGCUGGGGCCGGCUGGACC